AGCUUUUUCCAGACGGUUGCCCAAAGGCCGCAGAGGAAGAAUUUAAGUUGGGAUAUUAAUAUAACCUUAAUCGUUAAUCCUAUCCAACGCUUCGGACCACGCAAGAAUAAUAGGGUUUCUAAUUUUUGAGUAUAGUUUUUAUUAAAAUAUUGAAAAUUAUCAUUAUGUAUCUCAUGUAUUAUGUGGACGAUUCUGGAAGUAGGAUUUACACAUUAAAGAAAACAGAUCCAAACGGACAUUUGACUCACUCAGCACAUCCUGCCAGAUUUUCUCCAGAGGAUAAAUAUUCGAAGCAAAGAAUAAUUAUCAAAAGUCGUUAUGGCAUACUUAAAACUCAAACUCCUGAUCCUGUAUACUGAUAAAUGUUUUUUGUUUCUUUGUAUCUUUGAACUGACCCUCAAAAGAGAAGGUUGACAUUCAAUUGGAAAUAAAACAUAUAGUGGAACUGAAGUGAGACUUGGAACUUAAUCU